AUGUCAAGGCUUUUACGGAGAUUCUUUUCAUCGUAUCAUACACGAUUAUUUGGAUGUGGAUUUAAUGGACAUUAUCAACUUUUUCUGAAUGAUAAUAUUAAUAGGAAUGUAUUUACUGCCUCUGAUGCAAUAUUAUUUUCCGAUAAGGAAGAACGGAUCCGAAUGAUUGAUGCCGGAGAGAAACAUGCGUUUGUUUUGACAAACAAGGGAAGGCUUUUUGGUAUUGGUUGUAACGAUGUUGGACAGGUUGGAGUUGGAAAUGUUACCUCUUUCUUGGUGAAUAUUCCAGAAGGAGCAACGAGUAAGCAAAUGAUGGAGAAAGUGACCUCCAGUACUCACAUUGACAUUGACCAUAUUUUGAAUCCUCCUGGAACAAUCGAAAGAGAUUAUAUCACUGUCGUCGCUUGUGGACGAGAUUUUAGCUUUAUAGCAACCAAGCAAGGGAGGUUGUAUAGUUGUGGAUCCAAUUUAUAUGGACAAUUAGGUCUAGAUCUUCGAACAAAAAAUAAGAAUUACUUUACAAGAAUUAAUUUUCCAAAACAUGAAAAAAUUGUAAACAUUUCAUGUGGAGCUUAUCACACGAUUAUUCUCACUGAGAAUCACCAUAUUUAUGGAAUGGGUCUUAACAUUUUCGGGCAAUUAGGUUUCAAUCCCAAAGAAAUGGAAAGACGAAUUCAACAAGAAAAUUAUUUUCAACACAAAGGAGAGCAAAUCGAUUUUAGUUACGUGUCAAAACCUAUUCGACUGGACUGCUUUGAUCAUUUAGCCUAUGAAGGUGAUUACAUUGAGCAGGUCGCUACCGGUGCUUGUCACACUGUUUUUUUGACAAAAAGAGGAAAAGUCUUUGUUUGUGGAUUAAAUAUACAUGGAGAAAUUGGACUUGGAAAAGAUGUUCGUUGCUCGUACACUCCAGUGACUCCAAUUUUUUUACAUCCCAUGCCAUACAUGGAUGAUGUGCCAACAGUGAAAUGGAUCUCUGCUGGUCUGGAUCAUACAAUUCUUGUGACUGAAUCUGGAGAGGCCUAUGCAUGUGGUAAAAACGAAGAUGGACAACUAGGACUUGGAGAUUACAAGAAUCGAUUUGAAUUUAACAUGAUUGAAAAAUUUGAACAAAAGAAUAUUCGAGUUUUACAGGCCACUUGUGGCAUGUCUCAUACGUAUUUCACGACCACGUCGUUGGAUAGCUCGUCGAAACAGGAUUUCUAUGCAACAGGAUGCAACACAUUUGGAAAUUUGGGUUUAGGUCAUUUCUACACGGUCAAUGAGCCAAAGAAUUUGAGUGGUGUCGCAAAGGCUAAGGAAGGUAUUCGAUGGCAAGUCUUCUGUAGUUCUCAUAGCAACAAUACAUAUCUCGUUCAAAUCAAGGAGAAGAGUUUGCUGAAGCGAAUAAGGGACAGCUUAUUUAUGGGAGCUUAA